AUGCUGCGUGGUGCCCCACCACUUAGCGACAUUCUUUCGGACCUUGCCUUGUUUCUCGCCCAGCUUGAUGGCGGUUUGCAUUCGGCGGAGCUGGGCGUGGACGAGCAUAGCGUCCGGCGUGACGAUUUGGCCGUCACGAGGUGUUGCACGGCGGCAUCGAGAGCGGGUAGUACACUCACGCUGCCGCCCGUCAUUGCCCACAACGCGAAUUUCGAUGCCUCCUUUCUGCAGAGGGCGGCCUCGGCCGUUGGCUGGCGGGUGCUGUGGGACAACGACUCUCCUCUCACCUGCACGCAGUCGAUGUUUCGUGCGCUGUACCCUUACCAGGCGGCCGACCUGACUCGUGGCUGCCAGUUCUGCGGCAUUGACGCAUCGAGGAGGGACGAUCGACACGAUGCGCUGCACGACGCGCAACUGUGUGGGCGUCUUUUUUUGCGACUGGCCGACGCAUGGCCCUCCCGGCACGCGUGA